AUGGACAUGAUGCAGGAGUCAUCUGUAAUGGUGAGGAGUGCUGUGCUCAUCACUGUACUAGUUCUCCUGGACUCCUGGAGCAACAGGGAGGCCUCUGUGGUCUGCAGACAGCUGGGCUGUGGUUAUCAGUGCUCUGGGACUGAGUCUCACCUGGUCAACUGCAGUGCUCCACACACACUCAAGUGCAGUUCCAGUCCAUAUGUGUCCAUAGUAUGUUCCAAACACAGAUCCUUGAGACUGGUGGGUGAUGAGGGCAGCUAUGCAGGGAGGCUGGAGGUGUUCCACCAGGGCUCCUGGGGGACAGUGUGUGAUGACUCC